AUGUCUUUCCGUACCGCCGCUCGCCGGCUCCCAUUGAGGGCUUCAGCUCCCUUCCACGCUGUUUCAACACCGUCCAGCUGCCGCGCAUUCUUCAGUCUCCCCGGCAGCACACCCGGCAGCGACACCCAAACCAUCACGGCCACCAGAACCCUGCCGUAUGCCCAACAACCCCUCUACCAACUCAUCUCCGAUGUCGACUCCUACUCCUCCUUCGUCCCCUACUGCGCCCACUCGCGCGUGACGCAAUGGUCUCAUCCCGACGAAAAUGGCCGCAAGUGGCCAACGCUCGCUGAUUUGCACGUUGGCUGGGGCGGAUUCAACGAAGUCUUUACAAGCCGAUUGCGCUGUGUCCCCGGCGUGUCAGUCGAAGCUGUCAGCGGUGAUCCCGCUUCCGCGGAUGCCAAAGCAGCUUCGGCCGUGUUCAAAAGCCUCGUCACAAGAUGGCAUCUGAAGCCAAUUUGCCAGCAUCCUUUGCCGUCCACCGAGGUCCACCUAACCAUCAAGUAUCAGUUCGUCAACCCGUUGUACGCAGCUGUUAGUGCCGCAGUCUCUGACAAGGUUGCUGGUCUUAUGAUAGAAGCCUUUGAAAAGAGGGCGUUGGAAGAGUUGAACUAUACACAAAACCAAUGA